GGGGAGGAAGGGAGAAAAAUUUGGAACUAUAAAUCUUAUAAAAAGAAAUGUUGAAAAUGAUCUCUACAUGUAACUAGAAAAUAAUACUUUUAUGAUUAAAGAAAAAAGAAUGCCCAACAGGACCUAGAAGCAAAGGAUACAGUUGGCCAGGGUUUUAGAGUCCCCCAAACAUCAAAUACUCAAUAUGGUAUAUAGUCCUUUCCCAAGAGUUCUUGGGAAAACUGGGAAAUCCCUUUCAACCAGCAUUUUAUACCUUGUAACCAUCUUGGCAUUAAUAUAAAAAGCUCAUAUCAUAAAACAUUGGAGGUGGAGUUACCUUUUAUAACUAUGGCUGUGUGUAGAAUUCUUAACCAAACAAGGGAUAGAGGUGAUCACACAACUUUUUUUUUAAAGAAAAAAUCUUCUGCACCAACUGAAUCCGUUUUUAGAAUAAGAGAAGCUGGCAAGUGGGCAAAAUCUUUCCAUAAAAUGUUUCUUCCAAAAAAAGAUAUAUCAGGCACUUCAUUGUUGACAUAAAUAUGUCUAAGAUGGUCCAUUACCUAAACUGUAUUAUUAUUUCUCUAAUUCUAUAAAGUAAUCCAUGGGUAGUUUGGCAUAAAUCAGUGGUAAAAUGAUAGAAAAUUCAGAAAAGAAGGAAUAAAAAUUAUCAGCCAUAGGAAAAAAAUCUUCUAUCUUCCAAAUAAUUGAAAUGCAUAUUAAAAUAACUCAGUUUUUAACCUUCCAGCUGUGGUGAGGAAUCACAGGGUGGAGGUGAUCAGGCCUUUGCUAAAGGCAAAAAAAGACCUGGCAGGGGGCAUGCUUUCCCCCCCACCCCCCGCAAGGUAGUUUGCCAUUUACUUUGUCCUCUGCCUACCCUGAUACAUCUAACCAGAGCAGACUGCCCCCUGUCCUCCUCACAACAGAAUUUCAAGAAACCCUGGUCAGCGCUCUCUACCCAUUGAUUCGGCAAAAAGCUCUUGUUGUUUUUGUUGUUGGGGCUUAUGGGAAUCAGAAACACUGGUGCUGGAGUAGUGAAUUGGUCUAACCAUUCUAUAAAAACAGUUUAGAAUUAUGCAAAACAUAUCACUCAGCUCCUCCUAGACUUUGACACAAUAGUUCCAUUACUGGAUGUAGACACUCCAUGGAGGUCCAGGACAGAAAGGUUCCAUAUAUACCCAACUAUUCCUAGUCUUUUUUCUAGGAUAAACUUAUUGAAAUGAAAUUGGUACUCGUCUUUUAGGAAAUAGAUAAACAAUUGUAAUACAUGAAUGUAGUAGGAUUAUAUUUACUGUAAAAGUGGUGAAUAUGUACAAUUCAGAAACAUAGGCAGACUUGUACGAACUGAAUUAAGCAGAACCAUGGGAGCAAUCAUAAUGAUGAUGUAAUAGAAUUCAGCUAGUGCUUUAACGGUUACAGAAUUCUUUAUUAAUAUGAUCUUAAUUUAUCCUCAUAUUAAAUCUGCAGAUAGAGAAAUGCUGUUGGUAUUAUCCCCAUUUUAUAAAUGAUUAUAAAGCAUCUGAGUCCAGAUUUGAACUCAGGUCUUUAUGACUCCAGGCCUGGCACUUUAUCCACUGCUCCACCUAGCUGCCCUACAUGAACAUAAUGCAGCAUUAUUUUGCAAUAAGUAAUGACAAAAGGGAUAGAUUGAAAAAUCUGGGAAGAUGUGUAUGAAUAUCUUGUGCAGAGUGAAGUGAGCAUAAGCAGGAGAAUCAUUUAUAUGGUAGCAACAACUUUGUAAAGACAAACAAAUUUGAAAGACUUAAGAAAUCUGAUCAUCGCAGUGAAUUAUGAUGCCUGAGGGCCUAUGAUGAAACAUUCUCCCAGCCUCUGACAGAGAAGUGAUAACUCAAGGUGUAUAUUGACAUCAUUUUUGGACAUGGCCAAUGGAGGAUUUGGUUUGGUUUGCUUAUACAUAUAUGUUGCAAGGAUUUUGCUUUUUUUCCAAAUAGGGUGGGAGAGGGAUAAAGUGGGAGAGAGAAAAUUGAUUUUUUAACUGAAAAAAGAAGUAAACUUUAUUUUUAAAGAAAAACAGAAUCAGGAAAAUGGAUUGGUUGGGGAGAGACUCAAAGGAAGAUGACCAGUUAGGAGACUGUUGCAAUAGCCAAAAGAAAUGAGGACCUGAAGGAGGGUGGUUGUAUUGGCAGUGGGGUAAGGGGGAGGAUGGGAAAAAUCUUUCCAAGGUUGAGGGCUUGGCAGCUCGUUGGAUAUGGGGAGGGGCUUAUCAGGAACAGGGAAGAAUCCAAGAGGGUUCUGAGGUUAGAAACGGAUGACUCUGAAAAUGGGGGUGGUGCCAUGACCAGAAAUCAAGGCCUUAUGGGAAAGCCCAAUUUGAGGGAAGAGGGGAAGAUGUUGAGUUUGUGGUGUUGGCAGGACAUGCAAGAGGCAGUAAGAAAUCCAGAACUGGAGCUCUGGGGAGAGGUCAUAAAUGGAUGUAUGAAUUUCAAUGUAAUCACUUACACUGAAAAGAUAAUUAGCAAAUUAGCUCCCCCAGGACAGAACCUUGGGGAAUAUCUAUAUACAAUGAAAGGAGGAUGGGGAGCCAGCAUAAAAAAGGAGUGGCCAGAAGGGUGGGGGGAACCCAGAGUACGGGACUGGGCGGGAGGGGGUAUCAUAAGGGAAGAGGUGGUGGGUACCACGUCUGCCCCAAGAAGGAUAAAGACAAAAAGAAAAGCUCCGUAUAUUCGUGACUAGAAAUGAAGCUGGUACCCAUUGGGAGGGGAAUAAGUCCCUGGACAUUUUGGGGCAUGGAAACAUAAGAGAGUAUUCAUUACGGCACAAGAAAUAAUGAAGAUGAGGAAGGCCAAGCAGUGCAAUCCCGUGCACUCUAGUACAUGCAAGGACUGCUCAGGGCUGGGGAAACAAAAACUGAUGAGAGAGUCCUUUCCUUCCAACUUGCUUGGGAUCUAUUGAGGAGCUCUGUAGAACCUGGCGCAUGCGCACACACGUCAUUACAAGCUAGACACAAAAUCAAUCCAAGCAUUAAGCACUGGGGCAAUCAGGAGAAGGAGAAGGCAUUUGGGCUGAGCCUUAAAGGAAAGGAAACACCCAAAGGGGGAGGGGGAGCAUUCCGGGCGUGGGGGAUGCCUUCCCUGUGCAGAGGGGGUAGGAGGGAGAGGGGAGAGGACAUGGAACAGCAGAUCACUUUGGCGUGACAGAGUAUGCCUGAGGGAAGCAGGGCUGGGGCAGAUGGGGGGGGCGGGCUUUCAUUGCCAACAGGAGUCUGCAAUUUAUCCUAGAGGCAAGGUUUCUUGAGCGUGGGAAAAACCCCUGCCUCAGAGCUGACUGAUUCCUUGGACAUUUAGGGAAGCAGCACGUGAGGAUUGAGAGCCUGAAAUAGAGUGAUUGUGGUGUGGAUGGGGGAAAGGGGUUGUGGGGGUGACCUCGAUGGCAUUUAGAACUGAUUGGAUAUGAGGAGUAAGAAAGAGUGAGGCUGACUUUGAAAUAGCCAAACGUGGGAAGACUUGUCUGGAUCAAGAUGGAGUGAAGACAGCAGAAGCAGGAGAACAUUAUGUAUGAUGGCUACAAUAAUGUUCAUGAAAGCCAGCACCAAAGGCCAUCAGAAUGUGGAAGCAAUCCAACCCCUGAGGAUGGAACCCGGACAUCUCAAAGAAGAGGAGACUUCAGAAUGUACCGACAGUGGAAGACUCAUCAAAUAUGGAAAGCUGCUUUCUGCAAUCUACAGGAGAGUUCCAGGAUCAGCAGCCAGAGAAUAGACACCAGCAUGAGAACAUUGGUUUCAGACAGUGCUUUCUGCAGUGACUGUGGGCCUGUGGUCAUCCUCUUUACCAUCACUGCCACCAUCAUCAUUCGUUUUCAUCGUCAGCAUCAGCAUCGUCGUCAUCAUUGUCAGCAGCAGCAGUGGCAUCAUCACUGCCACCAUUGCUACUGCUGCCAUUGUCAUCAUUGUCAUCGUGGCCGUCCUCUCUGCUGCCACCAUCUGCGUUGUCGUCACCGCUGCCCUCUCUGCCGCCGUCGUCUCUGCUGGCGCCGCCACAGCCACCACCCUGCCACCACAGUCACCACCGUCAUCGUCGUCGUCACCGCUGCCCUCUCUGCCGCCGCCGUCGUCGUCAUCGUCACCGUCAUCUCUGCCGCCACAGCCACCACCGUCAUCGUCGUCAUCGUUGUCAUCGUCACCGUCGUCUCUGCUGCCGCCACAGCCACCACCGUCAUCGUCGUCAUCGUUGUCAUCGUCACCGUCGUCGUCACCGCUGCCCUCUCUGCCGCCGCCGUCGUCGUCGUCACCGUCGUCUCUGCCGCCGCCACCACAGUCACCACCGUCGUCGUCGUCACCGUCGUCUCUGCCGCCGCCACCACAGUCACCACCGUCGUCGUCGUCAUCGUUGUCGUCAUCGUUGUCGUCAUCACGGUCGUCUCUGCCGCUGCCGCCACAGCCACCACCGUCGUCGUCGUCAUCGUUGUCGUCAUCGUUGUCGUCAUCACGGUCGUCUCUGCCGCUGCCGCCACAGCUACCACCGUCGUCGUUGUCACCGUCGUCUCUGCCGCCGCCACCACAGUCACCACCGUCGUCGUUGUCAUCGUUGUCGUCUCUGCCGCCGCCGUCGUCGUCGUCACCGUCAUCUCUGCCGCCGCCACCACAGCCACCACCGUCGUCGUCGUCACCGUCGUCUCUGCCACCGCCGCCACAGCCACCACUGUCAUCAUCGUCAUAGUUGUCGUCACCGCUGCCCUCUCUGCCACCGUCGCCAUCGUCAUCGUCACCGUCGUCUCUGCCGCCGCCGCCACAGCCACCACCGUCAUCAUCGUCACCGUCGUCUCUGCCGCCGCCACCACAGCCGCCGCUGUCGUCGUCAUCGUCAUCGUCACCGUCGUCUCUGCCGCCGCCGCCACAGCCACCACUGUCGUCGUCAUCACCGUCGUCUCUGCCGCCGCCACCACAGCCACCACCGUCGUCGUCAUCACCGUCGUCUCUGCCGCCGCCGCCACAGCCACCACUGUCGUCAUCGUCAUAGUUGUCGUCACCGCUGCCCUCUCUGCCGCCGUCGCCAUCGUCAUCGUCACCGUCGUCUCUGCCGCCGCCGCCACAGCCACCACCGUCAUCGUCGUCACCAUCGUCUCUGCCGCCGCCACCACAGCCGCCGCUGUCGUCGUCAUCGUCAUCGUCACCGUCGUCUCUGCCGCCGCCGCCACAGCCACCACCGUCGUCGUCGUCAUCGUUGUCGUCAUCGUUGUCGUCAUCACGGUCGUCUCUGCCGCUGCCGCCACAGCCACCACCGUCGUCGUCGUCACCGUCAUCUCUGCCGCCGCUGCCACAGUCACCACCGUCGUCGUUGUCAUCGUUGUCGUCUCUGCCGCCGCCGUCGUCGUCGUCACCGUCGUCUCUGCCGCCGCCACCACAGCCACCACUGUCGUCGUCGUCAUCGUCGUCGUCGUCACCGUCGUCUCUGCCGCCGCCGCCACAGCCGCCGCUGUCGUCGUCAUCGUCAUCGUCACCGUCGUCUCUGCCGCCGCCGCCACAGCCACCACCGUCGUCGUCGUCAUCGUUGUCGUCAUCGUUGUCGUCAUCACGGUCGUCUCUGCCGCUGCCGCCACAGCCACCACCGUCGUCGUCGUCACUGUCAUCUCUGCCGCCGCUGCCACAGUCACCACCGUCGUCGUUGUCAUCGUUGUCGUCUCUGCCGCCGCCGUCGUCGUCGUCACCGUCGUCUCUGCCGCCGCCACCACAGCCACCACUGUCGUCGUCGUCAUCGUCGUCGUCGUCACCGUCGUCUCUGCCGCCGCCGCCACAGCCGCCGCCGUCGUCGUCAUCGUCAUCGUCACCGUCGUCUCUGCCGCCGCCGCCACAGCCACCACCGUCGUCGUCGUCGUCAUCGUCGUCGUCAUCGUCAUCGUCGUCGUCGUCACCGUUGUCGUCACCACUGCCCUCUCUGCCACCAUCGUCGUCGCCGUCGUCUCUGCCGCCACUGCCACAGCCACCACCGUCAUCGUCAUCAUCGUUGUCGUCACCGCUGCCCUCUCUGCUGCCGUCACCGUCGUCGUCGUCACCGUCGUCUCUGCCGCCGCCACCACAGCCACCACCGUCAUCGUCAUCAUCGUUGUCGUCACCGCUGCCCUCUCUGCCGCCGUCGUCAUCACCAUCGUCUCUGCUGCCGCUGCCAUAGCCACCACUGUCGUCGUCGUCAUCGUUGUCGUCACCGCUGCCCUCUCUGCCUCUGUCUUCAUCAUCACCGUCGUCUCUGCUGCCGCCACCACAGCCACCACCAUCGUCAUCAUUGUCAUCGUCAUCACCACUGUUGCCGCCAUCGUUGCUGCCACCAUCAUGGCAGCCACCGUUGUCGUCGUCGUCAUUGUCAUCACUGCCACCUUGUUGUUUGGGCCAGAGUGA